AUGCAAAGUUUACAAAAUCAAACAAAAGCAAUUACAGAUCAAAAAUUAAUUCAAGAAUUAGCAGCAGCAACUAGCGUUUUUUUUAAAGAUGAAAAUCAAAAUCGUGAUAUUCAUAACAAUACGAUAUUCACCACAAUAAAUCUCCAAGGCAAUAGAAUCAGAGCAAUCGGAGCACAACAUAUUGGUGAUGCAUUAAAGAAUAACAAGACAAUCACCAUACUAAACCUCCGCCAUAAUCACAUUGCAGACGAAGGAACACAACAUCUUAGUGAUGCAUUAAAGAAGAAUUCAACACUCACUACACUAAAUCUUCGCUACAAUCAAAUCGGAGAAGAAGGUGCAAAAUAUCUUGCUGAUGCAUUAAAGAACAAUACGGUAAUCUUUAUUCCCUUAUGA